AUGGCUCAACUGUUAAAAGAGGAAUUGAUAUCUGUUGGCUUGGAUUUAACGAAAUGUAAAGGAAAUUCUACUGAUGGAGCGUCCAAUAUGCGAGGAGUAUAUAAUGGUUUCAUUUCACAUUUAAGUAAAUUAUCACCUGAACAAGUUCAUGUUUGGUGUCAUAGUCACGUUUUAAAUCUUGUUAUUUGCAAUGCAACAAAAAAUCCUGUCCAAGUAGCAUCAUUGUUUACUUUAUUAAAUAGUUGUGCAGUAUUUUUCAAAGAAUCAUAUUUGAGGAUGGACAUUUGGAGUAAAGUUAGCAAGACAAAUUCAGAUAACAGUCGAAAUAAGCGUCUUCAAACCAUUGGAGAAAUUAGAUGGUCAUCAAAACAGACUGCUGUUGAGAGAAUUUUUGAAAUAUUUGGAGAUCCAAAAAUUUCUAUGUAUGUAGACUUGAUAAUUGCUUUCACUAAAGUUGUUCAAACCUUGAAAGAUCUCUCUAAAAAAUUUUUCCAAUUUACAGUCAAUGAUAAUUUAGAAGAAUUCCAUCAAAAAUUAAGAGAAGAAUUAUGUCUUUCAGAAAUAUAUAAGACUACAAAAUUAGCUGAAGUGAGAUUAAAAGCAAAUGGACUUAUCCAAAAUCUAAAAAGUUUCAAUUUUAUAUUUGCUUUAACUGUUUUAAAACCUAUUCUGAUUCAAAUUCGCAUAGUUAGCGCAAAGUUGCAWUCACCAGACCUAGACCUCUUAGCAGCCGUAUCAAUUGUUGAAGCACUAAAGAAAUCAUUAACUGACUUAAGAACUGAUGAAGAUAACUAUUCAACAUUAUUUGACAAAGUUUUGGACAUGUGUAGUUCACAAAAAAUAGAGAUACCAAACGUAAAACAAAGAAAAAUUUCUAGUCGAAUUGACAGCAACAAUACUCAACAUUUUACUUCUGACAAAAAAACAGAAAUGAAAUGUUUUGUGUACUACACAGUUUUAGAUGAUCUUUUAAACGGAUUAGAAGAACGUUUUAGUCAAGAAACACUUUUACUAAUAAGUGCAAUUGGACGUUUAUUACAGUUUAACCUGCAUGAACAUGACUUAACAUUAUUUUCCAAUAGGUUUAACUUAAAUGACAGUGAACUUGAAGCAGAACUCAGGUUGUUAAAAUCAUUACCAGAAUUUGAAAUUGUCACAAGCUGCUCUUGUGAGAGGUCUUUUUCAAAAUUAAGUCUGGUAAAAAGAAAGCUGAGAAGUUGUAUGACUCAAGAUCGAUUGGAGUCAAUGAUGUUAGUAUUUGUUGAACAGAAAUUAGUAUCUGAAUUAGAUCCAGAAGACAUAAUUGAAGAGUUCAAACAUCUUAAUAAUACACAACGGCGACUAGAACUUUAA